UCGAUAUUAUCAUGUGAAAAAUCUUAAACGCCUUUGCUUUAAAUCUGAGAGAAAUAUUACAAAGAUAAGAAGUUAUGCCUAAGGUCAGAGUUGCGUGGCAAAGAGUCACGAUGACUUAGCCUGAUCUGUGUUUUGUCUGUAGCGUGCCAUGUCUCAUCCCUCUUUGCCACCUUUGUCGCUCUUAUUUGGACUCUAGAAAUGAAGUGGGAGUGUUUGUUUGUUUUUACCUCCCAAGACUUUGUGGCUGGUCUCCAUUUUUUCCUUGGUUCAUUACUGAAAGUCCUUCCGGUCUGUCGGUGCUAGUGUUAAAUCCAAAGUAGGGGACGACGUAACGGCUGAGAUGCAGGUGGCAGAGCGUGCUCCAUUCACUCAACGGGGACUGCUGGAAGCAAACAAGGACACCUAAUUCUUGUCGGAAAGGUUCAGGGUAUUCUUUCUGCCAGAGACGUCUGGUAAAAUCUCUGAGAGGACCACCGUUUGGAGUCAGCCAUGAAAGAAGUUGUUGCGAACCUGGUUUUCCUGCAAGAACUCAAUGACUAUUAAAACCUAAAAGCCAAUACUGAUAGCCCAUGCAUAACUAUUUGGGACUAAUUCGGUUUAAUACAGUGCUGAAGCAAGUUGGUAGCAACACCAGUGAAAAAGAUAGCUGGGUGGAGUCGGAAACUGCGACAAAAACUGUCCAAAGAUAUUUUGGUACCAGCAGUGUGAUCAAUAGGAAGAAAGAUGAAAAGUCUGAUCAAGAUGGUGAGAUUGCCAAAAAGCCAUCAGAGAGCCAAAACAGUGAAAAAGAUAAUUCGAGAAAAGACGUAUUCAACAUUAUUAAAGGCAUGAAGGUUGAACUAAGUACAGUAAAUGUACAAACAACAAAGCCGCCCAGCAGAAAACCACUUAAAGGCGUGGAAGCUGCAAUUGGAAAGCACCAAAGAGCUGCAAAAGAUGCACUAAAGAAGGGGAAUGAGCCCCUGAGUCCUGUGUUGGUGGCCGCUGUGUCUGCUGUUGCAGCUUCUCUCCCUUUUGACAAGCAGGUAACUAAGUCAGAGCUGCUCAGGCAGCUGCAGCAGCACGAGCAGGACUCAGUGUCCCAGAAGGAGGGAGAGAAAUCUAAAGUCAGUGUCAGUAACAUUAUAUCAUAUAUGAAAGUUGCCCGAUCUGCUAGAGCAUCAAGACCGGAGCAUCAGAUUCAGUUUGACGAAGGAUUUGAUGGUUCUCUAGCACAGGAGGUAUCAGCUGAUUUUAAAAAAAGCCUUAAAGAUUUAUUCAAAGGGAAGAGACUUAAUAUUUUUGAUACUAAGCAAUUUACUGAAGAAGCACCUCUAACAGAGGCAUCGCCUUCUCUUUGGGAUGUGGAAUUUGCAAAGCAGUUAGCCACAGUAAAUGAGCAGCCCUUUCAGAAUGGGUUUGAAGAGAUGAUCCGGUGGACAGAAGAAGGGAAACUGUGGGAGUACCCAGUCAACAACGAAGCAGGUUUUGAUGAUGAUGGCUCAGAAUUUCAUGAACAUAUAUUUCUGGAUAAAUACCUGGAAGAUUUUCCAAAACAAGGACCAAUUCGCCACUUCAUGGAGCUGGUGACUUGUGGCCUUUCCAAAAACCCCUAUCUGAGUGUUAAACAGAAGGUUGAACACAUAGAGUGGUUCAGAAAUUAUUUCAAAGAAAAAAGAGACGUUUUAAAAGAAAAUAACAUACAGUUCAACUAAGACCUUGGAAAUCUUUAUUUCAAGCAUUUGGAGAUAGAUAUUAUAUUGAAAUAAAAUAAUUUUCCUAGUUUCUGUGUUAAUCAUAA